CGAUAUAACGGAUGAAGACUUUAAGAGGUUGUUUGCCAAAUACGGGGAGCCGGGAGAGGUUUUUAUCAACAAAGGAAAAGGCUUUGGCUUCAUUAAGUUGGAAUCCAGAGCUCUGGCAGAAAUCGCCAAGGCAGAACUGGACGACACCCCCAUGCGGGGCCGGCAGCUCCGUGUUCGCUUUGCCACACACGCCGCCGCGCUGUCAGUGCGUAACCUUUCUCCUUACGUGUCCAACGAGUUACUGGAGGAGGCUUUCUCCCAGUUCGGUCCGGUGGAGAGAGCUGUUGUGAUUGUAGAUGAUCGAGGUAGAUCAACGGGAAAAGGCAUUGUUGAAUUUGCAUCAAAGCCAGCUGCCAGAAAAGCGUUUGAACGGUGUACUGAGGGAGUGUUCUUGUUGACGACCACCCCUAGGCCAGUUAUUGUGGAACCAUUGGAGCAACUGGAUGAUGAAGAUGGUCUUCCAGAAAAGCUUGCUCAGAAGAACCCGAUGUACCAAAAGGAAAGAGAAACUCCUCCCCGUUUUGCUCAGCCUGGCAGUUUUGAGUUUGAGUAUUCCCAGAGAUGGAAAUCUUUAGAUGAAAUGGAAAAACAACAGAGAGAACAAGUGGCAAAAAACAUGAAAGAUGCCAAGGACAAACUUGAGAGUGAGAUGGAAGAUGCUUAUCACGAGCAUCAGGCAAACCUCUUGCGUCAAGACCUUAUGAGGCGUCAGGAGGAACUGAGACGUAUGGAAGAACUCCAUAAUCAGGAAAUGCAGAAACGCAAGGAAAUUCAGCUCAGGCAGGAGGAGGAGCGUCGCAGACGGGAGGAGGAAAUGAUGAUCCGUCAGCGAGAGAUGGAAGAACAGAUGAGAAGGCAGAGGGAAGAGAAUUAUAGUAGAAUGGGUUAUAUGGAUCCCAGGGAGAGAGACAUGAGAAUGGGUGGUGCCACCACAAUGAACAUGGGAGAUCCUUAUGCUUCUGCAGCCCAGAAAUUUCCACCUCUUGGAGGUGGAGGCGGCAUAGGUUAUGAAGCUAAUCCAGGAGUUGGCCAAGCAGCCAUGAGUGGUUCUAUGAUGGGAAGUGACAUGGUGAAGAUGCGAGCUGAGUGAAACUGGCGUGCUCAUCCAUGAGAAUUCAGGAGCUGAGCAUGAGCACAUCCAGCGUGAUGUCCCGUGAUAUGGGAGUGCACCAAGCUACCAAGGGAGCAAGUAAGUAGAUAAUGUCCUUAGGCUGCUGAUCUGUUGAAGCAGCACAUCACCUUGUGAUGUGUUGGCUGGCUCCUGCCUGAAACCUGUCUGAUUAAUCUCAUUUUUAUGCAAAAAUCGUCUAUCUUGGCUCUACAAAAGAAAUAACUGUUGUUUUAGGCUUUUCAGCCAUGCAGCAUCACAUAAAACCGUCUUCUGAACACUGCAGGUGGUCAAGCCAAGAAAUAAUCAUGACUAAGAUUGAGGCUGAAAUGGAAGGGUUGUGAAUGGGAUGCAGUGAUUGUCAGCAAAGGAAAAGCAAUGAAGCUCUCCUUUUUAUUAAUUAAUUGUUAAAGCUGCUGUGUGUUUGAAAUAGUUAAUGAACACUGAACUUAACGUACAAGAACAGGUAGUGGUUUAGGGAAAUAAAGUAACCUGUAGAGCUGGAAUUAAUGACAUUUUCCCUCUAAUUUGCUACUUAAACUACAAGGGGAGCUGCAGAUAUUUUUAAAUCUUGAGUGAAGAGCAACAUGCAAAGUUCUGUAACACAUGA